GCCCCGGGUCUCCUACACCCCACCAGCGCCAUCCGCUCGUCCCCGCUAGCAGAUAUAAAUUAGAACGGGUUCCGGCGGAGAUUCCACAGCCGCCGCUCUUUCUCCUCUCUUUCUCCUCGCCGUCCGCCGCUUUCAAGGCCACGAGAACGAGCGCAGCGAGAGGGAGAGAGAGAGAUAGCAAGAUGAAGGCUACUGUGAAGGGGAGAUACGAGGUGGACAAGAGCUCCGCUACCGCCACCUUCGCCGUCAACGCCGGGGACCUCAAGCUCAAGGCCUCCAUGACCGACGCCACCUUCGUCCAGGGCCCUUCCCUCAACGGCCUCGCCCUCUCCCUCGAGAAGCCCGGCUCCUUCAUCAUCGACUACAACGUCCCCAAGAAGGAUGUUAGGUUUCAGUUCAUGAACUCGGCGAGGGUUUUGGACAAGACGGUGAAUCUGACCUACACGCAUGCCCGCGGGGACAAUCGGGUGGGCAUCGACGGCUCGGUGGCGUUCGAUCCGGCGAACAAGGUGUCGGUGAGUUAUGCUCUGGAUUCGGGGAAUUGUAAGGUGAAGUAUGUGUACACCCACGGGGUGCUGAGGAGGACAGUGCUGGAGCCCUGCUAUGACGUGUCGAAGAACUCGUGGGAUUUUGCGGUGACGAGAAAGUUUGAAGGGGGUGAUUCGCUUAAGGCCACCUACCAGACGUCGUCCAAGCAUCUCGGGCUGGAAUGGAACAGGGAGUCAAAGUUCAAUGGGUCCUUCAAGCAUUGUUUGAUCUGCCUCUGUGAGGACAUGUAUCUCAGUAGUGGUGAGGAAAGCGUGUAUGAGAUCAGGAUAAAUACCGUUGUCUAAAAUCUGUGUGGAAGCAAGCCAGUGUCUGAAGUCUACAUCGUACCAACCCCCGUGAACUGUGCAGCGUAAAUGUCAACCCAGCCCUUUCAAGCGGCCCGAAUUUGCUUGGAAAAGAUGGCUCAUCUGAAUCCAAACAUUCCUGGACCGGGAAAUGCAUAUGGACUGUGAGUCUGUGAUUGCUUCCAAUGUUUUUCAAGCAGAAUUCUUUUCAAAAUUUUUAUCAAAUAUUUCUAUUUUAUAAAUUAAAAAAUAUUUUUUGUCCCUCCAAAAAAUUUU